CACAUGAAAGACGAGCAGAGCCGAUGUCUCGGCGGUGGACGCCUCGGGAGGGGGAACAGAGCCCGCCAACAGCAGCGGGGCAGCAGGGCAGACGGAGCGGACAGAGAGCUCUCGGUGCCCCGCCGUGUGCCAGCCUCGAUGCCCGGUGGUGUACCUUCAUGUUGGUGCGGACAGCUCGGCCCCUCAUCAUCUCCCAUCAUCUGCAUCCUCCCCGUAUCCAUUCUGACAGACGGACGUUUGGGUGGAGCAGGACGCUGAGAUCCAUGGAGCCGAUAAAAACCGCCUGCGAGGUUCCCGCCGACAAACCUCCUCCCACUGCGGCUGAAGACGCAGACACGGAGAAGACUCUUCCUGUAGGACUGCUGCCCGGGGAGACGGUGGUCAAGGAGGGCAAGGCGGCCAUCUUGUUUCCCAGUGCUAACGAGGUGUUUUACAACCCGGUCCAGGAGUUUAACAGAGAUUUGACAUGUGCUGUGAUCACAGAGUUUGCCAGAGAUUCUGCUGGCCUUCAGCGCGGCGUGAAGGUGGUGGUGCCAGGAGAGAAAGAGAGGGUGGUGGUUUCUCUGUCAGAGGAGACGAAUGAGGCCGACGUAGAGACGGAGGAGAGAAACGGAGACGAGCCUCCAGCUGUAACUGCAACAGUGGGGGAGAAAUGUGAACGCGGUCUUCGUGUGCUGGAGGGUCUGGCGGCCUCGGGUUUGCGCUCGGUGCGUUUCGCUCUGGAAGUCCCGGGCCUGCAGAGCGUCACCGCCAAUGACUUCUCCACCAAGGCUGCGGCGCUGAUCGCCAGGAACGCCGAGUACAACGGAGUCGGCCACCUGCUCCGGGCCAGCUGCAGGGACGCCAGUAUGCUGAUGUACGAGAUGCGAGGGAAGAAGGAGCGUUACGACGUCAUUGAUCUGGAUCCCUAUGGGAGCCCGUCUUCCUUCUUGGAUGCUGCUGUGCAGGCCGUCAGCGAGGGAGGUCUGCUGUGUAUAACAUGUACAGACAUGGCGGUGAUGGCAGGAAACAGUGGAGAGACCUGCUACAGCAAGUACGGCUCCGUCUCCAUCAAAGCCAAAUACUGUCACGAGAUGGCUCUUCGUAUCAUCCUGCACAGUUUGGACCAGAGGGCAGGGGUGUACCAGCGAUACAUCCGGCCCCUGCUGUCCGUCAGCGUCGACUUUUACAUCCGGGUCUUUGUACGCGUCUUCACAGGACAGGCCACAGUCAAAAACUCAGCCAGUAAACAGGCUCUGGUGUACAACUGUGUCGGCUGCGGCUCGUUCCACUUACAGAGACUGGGCAGAAGAACGAACAACGGGAAACAUAUGAAGUAUUCGGCUGCCACCGGACCCCCAGUUGGACCAGAGUGUGACCUCUGUGGACAGAGACAUCAGCUGGGAGGUCCCAUCUGGGCGGAGCCUAUCCACGACUUGGCAUUUGUCCAGAAGGUUCUGUCUGCGGUGUCGGGGAACCCGUCCCGCUUCGGGACGUCGAAGCGCAUUGAGGGCAUGCUGAGCAUGGUGACAGAGGAGUUGGAAGACGCGCCUCUUUAUUACACGGUGGACAGCCUGAGCAGCACGAUACACUGCAACACCCCCCCCCUGCUCCAGUUCAGGUCGGCUCUGCUGCACGCCGGUCACAAGGUGUCUCUCUCUCACGCCUGUAAGAACGCCAUCAAGACAUCCGCGCCUCCUGCGUUCAUCUGGGACAUCAUGCGAUGCUGGGAGAAGUCCAAUCCUGUGAAGAGAGAGAAGCUGUCAGAGACUAGCCCCGCCUUCAAGAUCCUCUCCACUGAGCCCAGCACAGAAGCCUGUUUCACUGUGAGGGAGGACGCCAACCCGCAGUCCCGUAAACGGCACCUGACCCGGUUCCAGGAGAAUCCGCAGGCCUUCUGGGGACCUAAAGCUCGAGCCAAAACUGGUGGCGGUAUCUCUACGAGCCUGGAUGACAAGAGGAAGAAGUGCCAGAACAAGAGAAAGAACCAGCUCACAGACUCGUCAGAGUUUAAAACGUCUCACUGCAAGAAGUUCCGACAGGGGACUUGCACAAAUGGAGACAAAUGCAGCUACUCUCACAGCCUGGAGCAGACGAAAGAAGACACAAUGGAAUGAUUCCAUCUGCUGAAUUAGUUUUUUCUUUUUAAAUGUUCUUCCUGGAGUUUGAUUGGCCCGGUGUAGCCUGGAUAAAGUGAGUGACGCAAUACAAUCAGAUUGUAUUUGGAAAGGCACAACAACCGAACACUGCAGAUGUAAAAGUCUUACGCCAGAGCUUUUUUGUUUUGACUGGUUCAGUCCAAUAAAGUCCUCACGCUGACUUUAAAGGUU